AUGCACGAUGCCGUCGACACGGCCUACAAGGCCUGGACAGAGCGCACUUGCGACGACAAUGCGAUUGUGGAGAUGCCGGGAGCUCUUCAGCGCUUCGUGGAGAGGAUGCGGCCGCCCUACGCUGUGGAGGCUUUAAGUUCCGCGUGGAUCCUGCGUGCGUGGUUUACACCGGAGCACCAGCGGGAGUACGAAGCCGUGCAGCGUGUCAUAAGCCGCUUCACGGAGAUCUACGAGAACACCGAGCAGUAUUGGAUUCGCAAACUGGAUGGAGCAGCCACGCGCAUGGAGCGAACUCAGGAGCAACUCGAGAAAGCCCUGGAAAGUGCAGAUAUGCGCGUGGCUGCCGCCCCGGGGGUUUGUAUCAACACCCUGCAACUAGGCUUCGAGAAGAAUGGGGGAUAUGGGUGCUUCAGGGAGCAAGUCCGACGGGCUGACCUUUGGCACACGGUGCAAUGUCCCCGUGGGGCUCAAUGGUCAUGGAAGACAGCCAUCAAUGUCGAAUGGCUUUACCAGAGCCGCUACUUGCUACAGGACCUGCUUGGGGUCGCUCCGAAUGCCGUUCUCCCGAGUGUCAAACUCCGAGCUGCAGUUCGCCGAUGCCUCGAGACCCCGGAGCUGAGGAUGUCCAAACACGGCAUGGACGUGGAAACUUACACGGAUGGCAUCGACCAGAGGGUCCGUGUCCUGAUGUCGCAACUUCGGGACUUGAAGAAGGACGAUAAGUAUUUCCCGGCAAUGAGGAAAGCCAGCUUGGAGGAAAAGGAAGGUCUGGACAAGUUGCUGACCUUCUUGCAGGACCCUGCAAGUGCGAAAAAAACUCAGAAAGCCGAGGCGAGCCAACCUUCGACUUCCUCAGCUUCUGCCUCCACGGCUUUGGUACUGUGGCAGCCGCCAAAGGACCAGGCAGCAGGCAGCUCGGUCUUCAGUAGAAUCCUCGCGAAAAAGGGCAGCGAGGAAUCUGAGUUUCGAGCAGACCCGCCUAAAGCUUCGCCGAGCAAAAGGCUUCGAGCUUCGCAGCCUUUUCGUGUGCGAGCUCUUUGUUCUCCUCGGAAGAACCAGGCUUCGCCUCGGAAGCAGGCUUCGCCUCGGGAGGCGGCCUUGUCCGACGUGCUGGACAGUGAGGCGGCGAAGGCCGUAGAUGAAGCUUUGGUGUCUUCGCCUACGAAGAAGAGGGCCUUGAAGAAACCAGCUGCUGCUUUCAAGAAACCAGCUGCUGCUACAAAGAAAAAGACCAAAAAAGCGCCGAAAACGGAGGAGGCUGCCACCGAGGAGGGAGAGAAAAAGAAGUUUAAAACUACCUUCAAGCACAGAAAAACGAGCCAGGCCUACCACCGGGAAAAGUGCCUUCAAGAGCGACUGGGCUUGUCUCCGCAGUCAGCGAAAAAGAAAGCCAGAGAGAAGAUGCGGGAAGUGGCCGCCCUCAUCGAUUCUGGCAAGCUCGUCGAGACUGACUGA